GAGAAUUCUCUCCCUCUCUCUUCCUGUGUUACCGCCCUUGGGCUGAGUGAGAAAUCAACCGCUGAAGACAUCGCGUUUAUUGGGAAGACUGGCAUUAUUUGGAGAUUCCUUAGUUGGGUCCUACCAGCCUCAAGUAGCCUUUCCCUAUUCUCGAGCAGUGAGCCUGAGAAGAAACAGUGUGGCAGCGUGGUCUGCACCUCAGUGUUGCUUAGAAAGCUAUAGCCAGCACCAUGGCGCUGUCGUACAAGAAGGACCUGGACAAGUAUAAGGAUCUCGACGAAGAUGAAAUCCUCAACAACCUGUCGGCGGAGGAGCUCAAACAGCUGGAGACAGCCCUCGAGGAAAUGGACCCUGAGAAUGCUCUUCUCCCGGCUGGCUUACGUCAGAAGGACCAGACGGCUAAGAAAGCAACAGGGUCAUUCAACAGGGAUAGCCUCCUCAAAUACCUGGAGAAGGAAGCCAUGGAGCACAAGGACAGAGAGGAUGUAGUGCCCUUCACUGGAGAGAAAAAAGGUAAAGCAUUUGUUCCUAAGCAGAAACCAAUGGAAACACGCAAGGAGGAAGUCACAACCCUCGAUCCAGAAUUAGAGGAAGCCCUGUCCAGCGCCACAGAUACAGAACUGUGCGAUCUCGCAGCGAUCUUGGGUGUUCAUACACUGGUCACAAGUACUCAGACAUAUGAUGGGACUGGAAGUAAAGAGGGUUACAACAAUGUGAUCAAAGGGGAGAAGAUGAAUCCAGUGUUUGAUGAGCCUCCCAAUCCCACUAAUGUAGAAGAAACUCUGCAGAGGAUAAAAAACAAUGACAGCUCCUUAACAGAGGUCAACCUCAACAACAUUAAGAACAUUCCAAUUCCCACGCUGAAGGAGUUGGCCAAAGCCAUGGAAAACACGCACGUCAAGAAGUUCAGCCUGGCAGCAACACGGAGUAACGACCCAAUUGCUGUGGCGUUCAGUGACAUGUUGCGGGUGAACAAGACAUUGCGAAGUUUGAACUUGGAGACCAACUUUAUCACCGGGACAGGGGUGCAGGCUUUGGUCGAUGCAUUGCGAGACAAUGACACACUCACAGAGAUCAAGAUAGACAACCAGAGGCAGCAGCUUGGUACCACCGUAGAGAUGGAGAUAGCUAAGAUGUUGGAAGAGAACAACAGCAUAGUGAAGUUUGGCUACCACUUCAACCAGCAAGGACCUCGCUCCAGAGCUGCUGCAGCUAUCACCAAGAACAAUGACCUGGUCCGCAAGAAGCGAGUGGAAGGGGACCUGUAGGGACGGAGCCUGACCCCUCUCCCAGCCAAUCCUGUUGUUUCAUCUCACCUUGUGGAAUAAUUUCAGCCAAUGACCUGGUCUCAUCUCACUGUGUGGAAACUUUAGUCUUGUGCCAAACUGUGGGGCAAGGCGUGCUUAACCAGAACAUACAUCCGAGAAGAAGGGAAAUAACUGGAAUUGCCCUCUCCCAUACACAUGUGUAUACAUAUUUGUUUAUUAUUAUGUUGAAGAUGUAAAUCUGUUUAGUUUUAGUAAUUUCAUUUCAGUUGCUCCUUUUUUUUUUUGAGCCUUUAUAUGAUCUGUUUAGACUUUUUACUUGCAUUUUUCCUUUUAUACAAUGCUAUAAUCAUGUGAAAUAAACGUGGAACUACCAACUAACAGAAACAACAAUAACAGCUUUGUAAAAACAUUAACUCACAUUAAGAACGCCCUGUAUCCUCAACCAUGAUAGUUUGCUAUUGGGCCUAAGCUUCCAGUGAAAUUCUGUAUUGAAUCAGCAGACUUCGUUAUUAGAACAAUGGGGAUAGCAUACAGAAUGGUUAAAGCCUGGCCAUGACUAGUACCCUGCAAACCUUGUCUGACUGUACAGCUGUAGAUAACACAUCUUAUCAUAAGAUAACGUAAGUCAUGUAGUAACAAGCGGACUCUAGGUUCUGAUGAUGCUGAUCAGAUCACUGUUGUACUUUCCAUCUGCAUGGUGGUUUGCAGGUGUUUGUUAUUGCCUUGUAAAGCCAACUUGACUGUCUGGCUGAUGUGGAACGGUUACGUUUGUGCUGGCCUCAUGCUGUAGUCAGUCUGAGAACAGAUGCUGGCUCACCCCUUCUGUUAAGUAUCAGUGCAUGUUUUAUAUUACUUUACUGUUUUAUUCUAACAAAAAAAAAUCUUGUUUUCAUAUGGUUCAAAUUCUGAUGUUGGUUAUUCUGACAUUGUAUCAGAGACGGUUGAGGAAAUUGUAAUUAGUUUUUGAUAUUUUGAAACAAGUAAAAAUGGGAUUUUACUGUAAAAGGAACAGGUUAUUAACCCCAGUCCAGACUGAAAAGGCUGAAAUCUUCUCUUACAAAUGAUGCUGCAAAUGUCUGCUGAACACACUGGCUUUCUCUGAUGCUUAACCAUGCCAAAGACUAACACAUGCAGUGCUUAAAGUAUCAAUAUUGAACUCAAUAGUCAUUGGUUCAGGUUUUGGCUUUGUCAGCUACAGUCACUUCCUUACGGUACAGGUCUGGGAAAGGAGUCUGGGUUAACAAUGAUAUGGACUUUGUUUUGUUUUUUAGAUCACACCAUGCCAUUACAUUUCCCCCCCAAUUUCUGUCAUUUAAAGCUAAGUGUUCUGUUCAGUGACAGGUGAAGAAUAGUUGGCGAACAGUCUGUGUGAAACUUCUCAGGUUGCAACUACUUGUGAAAUGUUUCUAUGAAUUAUAUCUCCCAGAUAGAAAGUCUUGUACAGAUCGUAAAUUUUACUUUUCCCAGUCCCUCAUACAAACACUUUCACUUGGCUCUCAGCAGUAGCAGGUCAUUCAUUAUGUAAUAGAUGACAACAUGCUAUGUGUGCCUCCAACUGAACUUCCGUAGGUACACUAACCUGCUUGAGAUGGGUCUAACAGAACUAAAUCAGGAGUUACUUGAAACUUGUGUAUAUACUGUUUGUGUUAUAGGAACAAUAUAUUGGCAUGAAGUCAUCAGUUGUGAUCAUCAUGUUUCUCUCGACCAAAAAUGCUCUUUCAUCUUAACAUCCUCACAUUCCUUGGACAAGAGCUGUAUGGCUAAGUUCAGUACUUUGGGCUUUAUAUCCGUGUACUUCUUCCAUGAUCAUAUCAGCUAGUAUUUUAUUCUGAAUCUUUUUGUUUUUACAUCGCUGUGCUUUGCUGGUGGACAGUCAGUGGAAAACUGCUUCUCUGCUUGGGCUUGUUGAGAAUAUUCUGUGAUUCAUAUUAUGUAUAUUGUAAAAUUGCAUCUCAAAUUCAAAGUGCACACACACACUUUUAUGUGUUUACCACACAAAUGUACACAACUCCUUGCUGAGAUUUUUUUGUACCUUAAAUCAAUCCCACGUGUAUACUCAACAUCAGGAAUAUAUGUUAUUAUAAAACCACAAGACUGGUAAAAUGCACUGCUGAAUAUAAAACAUCCUCAACAAUAAAUGUUUUUACAUACUGUC